AUGAUUAGCGGGUUUUAAACAGGAAAAAAUUAAAAAAUAUAGCUAGUUGAAAAUGAAAAAUACAAUAAGAUCAUUAUAUAAUUUGAAGAUCUAUCAGAAGAAGAAGAAAUAUCAAAUUCAGAAAAUAAACCAACAAAAAAUGAUUUAAAUUUACUUAAUUCUCUUUCUAAAGAAGCCAUUAAAAUUAACAAUUAACUGUACCAUCCUAGUAAAUUUGCUGAACAGGGAUUUAAAUUUUUGAGUAAAACCCCAAGGGAUUCACUUUCAGAAAAGAAAAUCUCCUAUUAAACAGUAAUUAUGGCAGAUGAAAUAAAGAAGGAAAUAAUUACUCCAAUAAAAAAAAAAGAACCUAAUAAUUAUAAUGAGAUUUUUCAGAUGAAUGCCAUUUUACUUUCGAAAAUUAGCAAAUUACCAAAGUGUUUAAUUGGAGAAAAAUUUUGUGAAUUAUCAAAACAAUUAAUGAAGAAUUCUGUAUUGAAAUAAAGUUCAUUUUGUAGGUUACAAAUAAUACCUGAAAACUUAGACUGGAAAUUAAUUAAAGAAUAUUUUAAGUAAUACGAUGUUGAAAAGGAUUGGCUUUUUCAAUAAGCAAAGCUAAUUUUUUGGAAAUUAUAAUCAAAAAACAACUACACAGAUUAAAAGAUAAUUUUAGAAUUAGAAUAUCGAUAUUUUAUUUAAUAUAGAUUAUAAAGUCGAACUAUAAUUCAAGAGAUUUGGACGAAUGAUUAAUCUCUAAAUUAGCACAUGAUUUUAUUAGUUGUCGGUGUUGAAUAAUGUUAAAGUAGGAGGAUUUUAGAAUUAUCAGAUGGAUGGUAUUCGUUGUUUUUUGUUUGUGAAUAAAGUUUUGAUUAGAUAUACAAUAGGAUCAAGAUUGGGCAAAAAUUGCAUGUAACAAAUUUAAAGGAGUAUCCUAUUAUAUUUAAUACGUCUAAUGUUAAAAUAAUUACAUAAUAUCCUUUUACUAAAUUGUUGGUUACUACUAAAAUUAAUUCUAUUAAAAAGGCUUAAAUAAAUAGCAAAUUAGGAAAAUAAUAAUAAAAGUAUUUCAUACGAUCGCUCAAGAGUUUGAGAAACGGAACCAUCCCGUGUAUUGAUGUCUUUAUUGUUUCUAAAUCUUACCUAAUUAAAGUAAAUCAAAAAAAUUAACGAAAAGCUUUAUUGUUUAAUUCUGAAACUGAAAAUGAAGAAGAAUUGCAACAGCUUAGAAAUUCUAACUUGUGUUUUUGGAUAACAGUUAUGGAUAGUUUAAAUUACUUCGAUGAGAGGAAAUCGAAAAUUACAGAACUCAAAGAUAUUAUUGUAUACAUAAAUGAUCCAUUACAAUAUGAAGCAAUAAGUGUGGGAUAGAGAGUUUAAAUUAUAAAUUCAAUCUAAUUCAACUAGGAAAUAAGUGUGAAAAUAACUAAAUCAUCAGGUUUUUAAUUUGAAUUGUAAUAGUACUAGGACUACUUCAAUAAAUUGUAAUUUGUUAGUAAUAGAUGUGAUAUGUAGAUAAGGGUGAAUAAUCACACAAAAUUUGAAUUAAUUGAUGUAAUUGAAGGUAGCAAUGAUUAAAAUUAAAAUGUUAAAAUUGAGAUAUAAAAUACUUUUUUUGGUGAAAUUUUAAAACAUCAACAAAUGAAAAUCUUGAAAAUGACUCAAUUAAAUAAAAUUAAUAAUGAGAGAUUUCAAACAACUCAAAUGAGCAAAUUGAUAAAUAUUAUAAAUUAUAAUAAAUGA